UAAUAAUAAUAAUUAGCAGAAGUAUAUUCUUAUAUCUACAAAAAGACAAAGGUCAUUUUAGCAAUGGGUGAUAAAGAGGAGGUCGACACUCGUUUAGAGUUUAUGAGCGAAUAUAUUUUAAGAUCACUUAAACAGAAGAUUGAGAAAUGGACGAAAUUUAUAACUGGAGAUGAAAAGCAUAUCCUGUUUCGAUUCUUUGAUAUAUCCCAAUACAAAAUCAUCGUUUUCCGGAUGAACAUGGCUGGCCUGAUAACAUGCUCCCUGAGCUUUCCGCCGAUGAGCAGAGGAAAAUUGAUUUAUUUUCUAAGAAACACAAAUGAAAAGUUAACAGUAAAGAAUGUUCGGGAAAUUUUGAGUAUGGGAGAAAUGUCUGGGAACGUACUGAUGGAUUUAAGUGUAAUGGCGGACGAGGUUAUUGGGCCUCUGUUGUGUAAUCCGGAAAAUCAGAAAGGCUGGCCGAAGAUAGUCAAGAACGAUAUGAAAAAACAUGUCAACGAUCUCAGGAACUUGAUGCAUCAGUUGAAAGGAGAGAUGACGAGCCAAGUGAUGUUGCCUAUGCCAGACGGUAUCGAGAAUAUAUUCCACGCGGAAACCAGACUGAAAGAAAGUAAUAACGAAGACGUUGACUUAUUUCUGAAGACGAACAUAGAGGGUGCUAUCAUCAAGUGGGCCCAACAAGUUUACGACCUGCUUCAAGAGGACUCUUAUAUGGCAUUUAAACGCAACAAGUUUCCGUUGCCGAUAGAGGACAUAGAGUUCUACAGUCAGAGGCUGAGGAACCUGGAGGGUGUGUACUCCCAACUACGCGACCCGCGCGUCAAGCGCAUGGCGCACUACCUCGAGGACACUCAUAGCGUCUACUUCGGCUGCUUCAAAUCGAUGCUCACUAACGUUGUUGCUGCCGUCGUGGAAAGUCGUGACAUUUGUAUUCAUCAGAAACCACUGAUAAGUCAUUUUGAGAAUUACGAAAACACGGAGUUCUUCGAGUCCAAGGGCCUGAUACGACCGAUGUUCCACUGUAUCGGGCUGCUGUGGGGAAACUCAAGAUACUUUUGUAACGUGGAAAAACUAAUACCUCUUCUACGUGAGGUGUGUAACCUUGUUAUCCAGCAGUGCACGGUCGCCAUCGACCCGAUGUCAAUAUUCCAAGGGGAUCCAGAUGAACAGCUCGAGAAAAUACAAAAGGCUAUAAGCUACUUGAACUUUUUCGUCGAGACGUACGAAAUGAACCGCGACAAAGUGUCGACGUUCUUCCCGGCCGGCGUGACGGCUGUGCGCUGGUCCUUCGACUUCGACCGCGUCUUCAUGCGCUUCAACGCGUACAUGAAGCGACUCAAAAUGAUUGAGGAGAUACUCGCCGCCACUGUCGAGAUAUUCAAGUUGGAGAAGAUCGAAUUCUGCGGCCUUCGAGGCAAGAUUUUAAGUGCGGAGUGUCAGAAGAUCCUGGACGAGUAUACAGUGACGUACCAGAAGCUGGGCAGCAUCACGUACGACCCCGCGGAGCCGGAGGACGAGCAGUUUGAGGGCGAGCACCGCCGGCACGCCCGCGUGCUGCGAGACGUCGACCGACGACUCGCCGCGCUCUUCGCGCAGGGGCUAGACGAGUGCCACAACUUGGAGCACUUCUUUAAGUUCUUCCAAAUCAUCGGCGACUUGUUCCAUCGACCGAUCAUAAAUAAGGAACUCAAGCCAAAAUUACCAAGAUUGUUGGAUCUUAUGCAUACAAAUCUAGAUACUGUAAAGCAAAUAUUCGACGAUGAAAUGGCUAAACUAUCGAAAAGUCCAGAGAGACCUAUGGUAGACUCGUAUUUGCCGCCCAUAGCAGGUAUGCUCUGGUGGAUACACAAGCUCAGGAGGAGAAUUCUACUGCCGAUGGAAGAUUUUAUAAUUUUUGAUGACCCCAUAACGGAGUGCGAGUACGCGGGCUACAUGCGGUCGAAGCACAACGAGAUGCUGGGCUACCUGCACGCGGCGGAGGAGCGGCAGUUCAAGGCGUGGAGCGCGACCGUACCCGCCAUAUGUCGCGAGCAUCUCGUCAAGAACCUCAUCUACCGCGACGGACAGUUCGUCAGGAACAACUUCAGUCCCGAGUUGGCGAUGCUGCUCCGGGAAAUUCGAUACAUGAAGUAUUUAGAUAAGCAAGGGAUACCUGCGGAAGGUCUCGAAUUGUAUGCGAGGAAUGAAAAGUUACAGUACGACAUGAACCGGCUGAACCGUGCGAUAGCGUGGUACAACGCCAUACGCGAGGGCAGCCAUGACACCGAGGUCGCGCUCAUUGAGAAGGAGAUCGCCGCUAUUGAUGACCUACUCGGCAGGGGCGUGGAGGAGCUCACUUGGAACGAUGACUUCGCGGAGUGGAUGGGCGAGGUGUACGCCGCGAUCAACACGCUGCAGGAGCGAGUGCUGGCGGCUCAGAACAACGUGAGGACGGGCCUGCAGAAUAUGGCCGCGUGGGGCGACAAACCGCUCUACGACAGGAAAUACAACCCCGACAAGAUGGAGCUGUUGGCCAUUAAAGAGAGGAAACCGAGACUGCUCAAAAGGCGUCAGGACAUAAUUAAGAGCCACGAUGAAUUUGUUCAAGUUUUAAAAGACAACUACAAGCUCUUCUUCAAUAUUCAAGAGGAGGAAGAGUCGGAUGAGGAGGAGAUAGAGGAAGAGGAGGUGGAUGAGUCGACUUUGGACGACGAUGAGAAGGCGGCGCGUGCCAAGAGGUUGCAGGAGCUGGAAGAAGCGAGAGAGACGAAGCGGCUGGCGCGGGAGGAGCGAGCUAGACAGAAGGCCGAACUCGAGCAGGCCAAGUUCGAGCGGCGCGAGGCCCGCCGACUCAGGCAGGAGGAGAAGGAGGCCGCGAGACGGGAACGACAGGAACGCAGGGAGAAAGGCGAGGAAGUAGAGUCGCUAGUGGAGGAGGAGGAGUUGGACCCGGAGGAGUUGGACCCGGAGGAGUUGGCGGACAUCGAGGAGGAGCGGCGGGAGCUGGAGCAGCAGGCGUUCCGUGAGGAGCGCUGGCCCGCAUACGUACAGUACAUCGACUCGCUGGUUUCUAAGCAAGUGAUGAAAGCAAUAAAAACUAGCUUGGAUCUAUUUGAGAAACAAACUGAUUUGGAGAAGGGGCCGCAAGUCGCUUUCAUGGAGAUUGUGGCGGAAUUGAGGGACCCAGAUAUCCACUUCGUGCCGUCCCUGGACGUGGAGGAGGAGGAGGGCCUGCACGGCACCCUGCGGGAGAUGAUGAAGGAUAUGUUCCUGCAGGCCGCCAUCUUCCCCCGGAUAGACGACGCCGUGCCUCUGGAUAGCUACGAGGAGGACAUUGCCAAAGAGACGGCUUUAAUAGAUCUGUACCAUGAAAUACUGAAGAGGGUUGAAAACAGCAGCAACGACAUACUGCAGUAUGCGUCUCGAUACGAGAAGUACUCGUCACUGUGGCUGGAGGACCGGCAGGAGGUGCUGGAGGGGUUCCUGCGGUACGGGCGCGUCAUACCGCCCGAGGAGUUCGACAGGUUCCACUUCGACCACGGCGCCGACCCGCCCGAAGCUAAGCCCACAAUCGAGGAGUAUCAGAAGGAAAUCGACAAAUACAAUGCGCUGUACAACGAGGUGUCCGCGUUGCCGUCUGACUAUCUGUGCAACGGCUGGCUGCGGCUGGACCUGAAGCGGCUGAACCAGGCCAUCAUGAAUACGAUAUGCAAGUGGAGCAACCUCUACAAACAGAACCUCAAAGACCAUGUUACCACGAGCCUGACGGAGCUGGACGCGUUCAUCGUGCACGCGACGGCGGAGUUGUCCCGCGAGGUGGAGGAGCACGACUACGGCGGGCUGCUCCGCGUGAUGGGCGCGCUCAGCGACGUGGCGGCGCGCGCGGCCGCCGGCGCCGACACCAUGUUCGACCCGCUCCGAGACAUCAUGUACGUCCUCAAGGAGUACGGCGUCGACUUCCCCGACGAGACGUACGACUUGCUGGACGUGCUGCCGGAGCGGUGGCGGUCGUUGGUGAAGCUGGCGGCGGUGGUGCGCAACAACGUGGCGCCGCUGCAGGCCGCGCACGCUGCGCUCAUCGCCAAGCGCCAGGCGCUCGCCACGCUGCGCCUCGCCAUGUACCGCGACCAGUUCGUGCAGAAGGAGAUAUUCCUAGAGAGCUGCAAGGAUCCGUACGUUAAGAUCGACAAAGUUAACGUGGAGUUGAUGCAAUUCGAGGAGAACAUAGAGAAGUUGAAGACGUCGUGCGCGCUGUUCGACAUACAGCCGCCCGACGAGAAGAACCUUAAGCAGUGUCGCCGGGAACUCAAGAUGGCUAAACAAUUGUGGGAUUACUACGAUUUGGUUUUGGGUACCAUCGAGUUUUGGAAGAAAUCGCCCUGGAAGAAAAUCGACGCGGACGGCAUGGACCAAGAGUGUAAACGAUUUUCUAAGGAUCUGCGACAGCUAGACAAGGAUAUGAGGUCAUGGGAACCAUUCAUAUCAAUUGAAGCGACAAUAAAGAACCUUAUGACGUCACUGCGGGCGGUCACCGACCUACAGAAUCCCUCUAUCAAAGACCGUCACUGGGUAGAGCUUAUGAUGGCCACAAAGGUGAAAUUCCAUAUCGACGACGACACGACCCUCGCGGACUUGUUGGCGCUCAACCUGCACAAGUUCGAGGAAGAAGUUAAGACGAUCGUCGACAAAUCUAUUAAGGAGGCUGCAAUGGAGAAAACUCUUAAAGAACUGGAAGCCACGUGGUCUGUGAUGGAGUUUGAGUACAUCACUCACGACAGAACCGGCAUUAAACUACCUAGAGCCAGCGAAGAGCUGGUGGAGACUCUAGAAGACAAUCAGAAUCAAGUACAAAAUAUGAUGUCAUCGAAAUUCGUCGGAUACUACGAGGAGGAGGUGACGGAGUGGCAGAAGAAGCUGGGAACAGCCGACGCGGUCAUAUCGAUAUGGUUCGAGGUGCAACGCAAGUGGCAAUACCUCGAGAGCAUUUUCGUUGGUUCCGAUGAUAUCAGAUCACAGCUACCUGACGAUUCCAAGAGAUUUGAUCAAAUCGAUAAGACAUUCAAGGAAUUACUAAGAGACAUAGGCACAACACCGAACGUCAUCGUGGCGACGAAUAAGCCCGGUCUACUGGAGGCGCUCGAUCAGCUAAUGAGUUUGCUCAACCUCUGCGAGAAGGCUCUCAACGAUUAUCUGGAAACCAAACGAUUAGCAUACCCACGAUUUUACUUCGUGUCGUCGGCUGACUUGCUUGACAUCUUGUCAAAUGGAAAUAACCCACCGGCAGUGUGCCGACAUUUAUCCAAGUUGUACGAUAAUCUCGCGAAACUUGUAUUCGCCAGCCCCAGCAGCAAACAUGCUAUUGAGAUGAUAUCGAAAGAGAACGAGGAGCAUGUACCGUUCAAAGCGCCAUGUUGUGAUUGUUCAGGAAAGGUGGAGGUAUGGUUGAAUCGCGUGACGGACUGCAUGAGGCUGACACUCCGGGACAUACUGGAGCACAGCGUGAGGUCGUACGAGGAGAAGGCGCGCGACGAGUGGGUGUUCGACUGGCCCGCGCAGCCCGCGCUCGUCGGCACGCAGAUAUGGUGGACCACUGAAACUAACCAGGCCUUCGAUAAAUUAGAAGAAGGUUAUGAAAACGCUUUGAAGGAUUAUCAAAAGAAGCAAAUUGCUCAGCUCAACGCAUUGAUAGUUUUACUGCUAGGAGAUUUAUCAGUUGGUGACCGUCAGAAGAUUAUGACAAUUUGCACCAUAGACGUGCAUUCCAGAGAUGUGGUAGCAAAAUUAAUCACAGCCAAGGUAGAGACAUCCAACGCGUUCCAAUGGCAGAGCCAGUUGAGACACCGAUGGGACACCAAACAGAAUCACUGCUUCGCAAAUAUUUGUGACGCCCAGUUUUUGUACGAUUACGAGUAUUUAGGCAACACGCCCCGACUCGUGAUAACACCGCUUACCGAUAGAUGCUACAUUACCCUGACGCAGAGUUUGCAUCUAGUAAUGGGUGGGGCGCCGGCCGGGCCCGCGGGUACAGGAAAAACGGAGACAACCAAAGACUUGGGGAGGGCCCUCGGAAUAAUGGUUUACGUGUUCAACUGCUCGGAGCAAAUGGAUUACAAGUCCUGCGGGAACAUUUAUAAAGGACUUUCCCAAACGGGCGCAUGGGGUUGCUUCGACGAAUUCAACAGAAUAUCUGUAGAAGUGUUGUCUGUAGUAUCGGUCCAAGUGAAAAGCGUAUUGGACGCCAUCAAAGCUAAAAAGAAGAAAUUCGAUUUCAUGGGAGAGGUCAUAACGCUUAUACCUACCAUUGGAAUGUUCAUUACUAUGAAUCCAGGAUACGCCGGCAGAACAGAGCUACCGGAAAACUUAAAAGCACUAUUCAGGCCAUGCGCUAUGGUGGUGCCAGAUUUCGAGCUUAUAUGUGAAAUUAUGUUGGUAGCUGAGGGUUUCCAGGAAGCAAGAUUAUUGGCAAGGAAAUUUAUCACGCUUUAUAUGCUCUGUAGAGAACUGCUGUCCAAGCAAGAUCACUACGAUUGGGGGUUGAGAGCUAUAAAAUCUGUUCUCGUUGUGGCCGGAUCUCUAAAGCGAGGCGAUCGUCAAAGACCCGAGGAUCAAGUUUUAAUGCGGGCGCUACGAGAUUUUAAUAUUCCUAAAAUUGUGACGGAUGAUAUGCCCGUGUUCAUGGGACUCAUCGGUGAUCUGUUCCCCGCCCUCGAUGUUCCCAGAAAACGCAACUUUGACUUUGAAAAGAAUCUUAUUGACGCUGCGGUGUCUAUGAAACUCCAACCGGAACCAGGAUUCAUAUUGAAAAUGGUACAACUGGUAGAAUUGUUUGAAGUACGUCACUCCGUGUUCAUAAAUGGUUUCGCCGGAACGGGCAAGUCGAUGGUUUGGCAGUGUCUUCAUAGAACAUACCAAAUGUUGAAGAUGAAGCCCGUUUACAACGACUUGGACCCUAAGGCUGUGACAAACGACGAGUUAUUCGGAGUUAUAAACCCGGCCACUCGUGAAUGGAAGGACGGGUUGUUUUCCACAAUCAUGAGGGACAUGGCCAAUAUGCCGGGUGAUGGACCUAAGUGGAUCGUAUUAGAUGGCGACAUAGAUCCUAUGUGGAUCGAGAGCUUAAAUACAUUGAUGGACGAUAACAAAGUGCUAACGUUAGCAAGUAACGAGCGAAUCGCUUUGACGAAAUCAAUGCGUCUUUUGUUCGAGAUAGCCACUCUGCGAACUGCCACACCUGCCACCGUUUCUCGAGCCGGAAUCUUGUAUAUCAAUCCACAGGACCUUGGAUGGAAUCCAUUCGUAGCUUCGUGGAUAGAGUCGACGCGGGACGAUGAGUCCGAAAAGGCUAUGUUGACUGUGAUGUUCGACAAAUACAUCCCGGCCCUGCUGGAGUCGUGCAAGAAGUAUAAGCGCAUUACUCCGCUCAGUGAGCUGCAACAGAUCCAGCUAACCUGCUACCUGCUGGAGUGCUUCCUCAAGAAGACUCUGCUGCCGAGCGACUGUCCUAAAGAAUGGUAUGAAAUAUAUUUCGUAUUCUGUGCUGUGUGGGGAUUCGGUUCUGGUCUCUUCCAAGAUCAAUUAGUCGAUUGGAGAAACGAGUUCAGCAAGUGGUUCUGUAACGAGUUCAAGCAAGUAAAGUUUCCGACCUCCGGAAACGUGUUUGGCUUUUUCAUUGAUCCGGAAACGAAGAAGUUUGUACCGUGGGCUGAGAAGGUGGAAUCUUUUGAGUUGGACUCUGAUAUACCUCUUCAGUCUUGUUUGGUUUCCACCUCGGAGACCACUCGCAUCAGAUUUUUCAUGGACCUGCUGAUUGACAAACAAAAGCCGGUGAUGCUAGUGGGGACUGCUGGCAGCGGGAAAACUGUCAGCGUUGCCGCCAAGCUUGGCGCGCUGCCGGACACGUAUGCGGUCACCAACGUUCCUCUUAAUUUCUAUACCACAUCAGAAAUGAUUCAGAAGGUAUUAGAAAAACCGUUAGAGAAGAAGUCUGGUCGUAAUUUCGGUCCCCCCGGUAGUAAGUUUAUGAUAUACUUUGUGGACGAUCUCAACAUGCCCGAAGUUGACACGUACGGUACAGUGCAGCCGCACACGCUCAUCAGACAAUUUAUGGACUAUAGGCAUUGGUACGAUAGACAAAAACUGACACUAAAAGAUAUAUCAAACUGCAUGUUCGUAUCUUGUAUGAAUCCCACCGCUGGCUCUUUCACGAUUGAUCCACGCCUACAACGACACUUCUGCACUUUUGCUGUCAGUUUCCCUGGAUUGGAUGCAUGCCAACACAUCUAUCUGCAAAUUCUGUCGCAACAUUUGGCCAGCCCCCUCAACAAGUUUAACGUCGGUGUUCAGCGUUACGCCGAAACUUUGGUCGACGCGGCGUUGGCACUUCAUACGAAGCUGGCGUCUACGUUCUUGCCAACAGCCAUCAAGUUUCAUUACAUUUUUAAUCUCAGGGAUCUCGCUAACAUCUUUCAGGGCAUACUGUUCACGACGGGUGAUGCUAUCAAAACUACAUCGGAGUUGGUCCGGCUGUGGAUGCACGAGGCCACGCGCGUGUACUCCGACAAGCUCGUCGACGCCGCCGACAACGAGACCUUCGGCAAACUCGUCUCCGAUAUCAUCAAGAAGACCUGUGAGGAGUACGAUGAAAACGUCGUGUUUGGGACGCCUCUCAUUUAUUGUCACUUCGCUGAGGGCAUCGGCGAUCCUAAGUAUAACCCGAUAAGGGAUUGGCCACAUAUAAAAGCUCUGUUGGAUGAGUCCUUAUCCUCCUACAAUGACCUCAUCGCUACUAUGAACCUUGUUCUUUUUGAGGAUGCAAUGUAUCACAUUUGCAGAAUAAACCGUAUCCUGGAGGCGCCGCGUGGCAACGCGCUACUGGUGGGCGUGGGCGGGUCGGGCAAGCAGUCACUGUCCCGGCUCUCCGCUUUCAUAUCCUCGCUCGAGGUCUUCCAGAUACAGCUGCGCAGGGGAUACAGCAUCAACGAUCUUAAAUUGGACCUAGCUGGACUCUACGUAAAGGCCGGUCUAAAGAACAUCGGCAACAUGUUCCUCAUGACGGAUGCUCAGGUGGCCGACGAGCGUUUCUUGGUGCUCAUAAACGACCUCCUCGCUUCCGGGGAAAUACCCGAUCUCUUGGCCGACGACGAGAUAGAGAAUAUUAUUAACGGUGUGCGUAGCGAGACAAAAGCGACUGGAGUUCCAGAUACACGUGAAAAUUGUUGGCGAUUUUUCAUAAAUCGAGUUCGAACCAUGUUAAAGGUGGUGCUAUGUUUCUCGCCGGUGGGCGCGACGCUGCGGGUGCGCGCACGCAAGUUCCCCUCCAUCGUCAACUGCACCGCCAUCGACUGGUUCCACGAGUGGCCGCAGGAAGCGCUGCGAUCCGUUUCUAAGCGAUUCAUCGCUGAGGUGGAAUCGUUACCGGCCGAUCUAGUAGAGCCGGUGUCGAACUUCAUGUCCCACGUGCAUCAGAGCGUGAACAAGAUGUCGGCGGUGUACUACCAGAACGAACGCCGGUACAACUACACCACGCCCAAGACGUUCCUCGAGCAGAUCGCGCUAUACGGCAAACUGCUCAACGAGAAGACCACUAACUUGAACAUGACAAUUACAAGGCUAGAAAACGGCUUAGAGAAACUUGCCUCUUGCGCGGCUGAUGUCGAAGUCCUCAAAGUAACGUUAGCUGAGCAAGAACAGAUAUUAAAAGUAAAGAACAAAGCUGCAGAAGAGCUUAUCGAAGUAGUCGGAGCCGAGAGUGAGAAGGUGUCAAAGGAGAAGGCUUUCGCCGCGGAGGAAGAGAAGAAGGUGAAAGUGAUAGAGGAGGACGUGACGAUAAAGGCGAAGAUCUGCGCGGACGACCUCGCCAAGGCCGAGCCGGCGCUCAUCGCAGCACAGGAGGCCCUCAACACGCUCAACAAGAACAACCUCACGGAGCUCAAGUCCUUCGGCUCGCCGCCCGACGCCGUCGUCAACGUCACCGCCGCGGUGCUGGUGCUGUUCUCCAAGAAGGGCAAGAUACCUAAGGAUAGAUCUUGGAAGGCUUGCAAGCUCAUGAUGGCGAAGGUGGACCAAUUUCUAUACGACCUGGUUUACUACGACAAAGAAAAUAUGCAAACAGACGUCGUUAAGGCGGUGGAGCCGUACAUCAGCAACCCGGAGUUCAACCCGGGGUUCAUAAUGUCGAAGUCGGCGGCGGCGGCGGGGCUGUGCGCGUGGGUGAUCAACAUCGUCAAGUUCCACGAGGUGUACGUGGUGGUGGAGCCCAAGCGGCGCGCGCUCGACGCCGCCAACGCCGAGCUGAAGGCCGCGCGAGAUAAACUCGCCGCGCUCACUGAUCAGAUCAAGGAAUUAGAAGAAAAACUAGAAGUACUCCUAAAAGCUUUCCAAGACGCAGUCAACGAGAAAAUGAAAUGUCAAGCUGAAGCGGACGCCACCAACUACACGAUUGACUUAGCCAACCGACUUGUAAAUGGGCUGGCUUCAGAGAAAAUAAGAUGGUCGGCGGAGGUGGUGCGGCUGCAGGAGUCUGGCGCGACGCUGCCGGGCGACGUGCUGGUGGUGACGGCCUUUAUCUCCUACGUCGGCUGCUUCAUGCGCCGCUACCGCCUGCUCCUCAUACACGACGACUGGAUACCCGCCCUCGCUAACACCGAUCCCAAGAUCCAGACGAGCGAGGACCUGGACCCGCUGUCGAUGCUGACGGACGACGCGCAGAUCGCGAGCUGGAACAACGAGGGGCUGCCCACCGACACCAUGAGCACCGAGAACGCCGUCAUACUCACCAACUCCGCGCGAUGGCCGCUCAUGAUUGAUCCACAGCUGCAAGGCAUAAAGUGGAUAAAGUGUCGGUACGGGGAGUCGCUAGUGGUGAUCCGUUUGACGAUGCGCAACUACCUAGACCGCAUCGAGCGCGCCGUGAGCAGCGGCCAGGUCGUGUUGUUGGAGAACAUCAACGAGACUGUGGAUGCCGUGCUAGAGCCGCUGCUCGGCCGCGUGCUCAUACGGAAGGGGAGGGUGCUCAAGAUUGGCGACCGAGAAAUAGACUACAAUCCCAGCUUCAGACUGAUACUACAAACGAAGCUGGCCAACCCCCACUACCAGCCGGAGAUGCAGGCGCAGUGCACGCUCAUCAACUUCACUGUCACCAGAGACGGAUUAGAAGAGCAGCUACUUGGAGAGGUGGUCAAGGCAGAGAGACCGGAUCUCGAGUCUCUGCGUUCUAAUCUAACCAAGAUGCAAAACGACUUCAAGAUAACGCUGAAGAGCGUCGAGGACGACCUCCUGAAGCGGCUGUCGUCCGCCGGCCCCGACAUCCUCAGCGACUCCGCCCUCGUCAUCAACCUCGAGACCACCAAGAAGACCGCCGCCGAUAUAGAGAUUAAAGUGGAGGAGGGCAAGACCACUGCAAUCAAAAUUGAUGAAGCACGAGAGCGAUAUAGACGAGCGGCGACGAGGGCGUCUAUUUUAUAUUUUAUACUGAACGACCUGUACAAAAUAAACCCGAUGUACCAGUUCUCUCUGAAGGCGUACAGCGUGGUGUUCCUGGACGCGCUGGCGAAGGCGGAGCAGUCAGACGAGCUGGAGACUCGAGUGAGGAGCUUGCUGGAUAGCAUCACGUACUCUGUCUACGUCUACACGUGUCGGGGACUCUUCGAGAAGGACAAGCUGGUGUUCCUCUUCCUUAUUACGUUGCAAAUAUUAACGGCGGAGGGGAAAGUGGACCCUCGGGAGCUAGACUUCCUACUGAAGUACGCCGUGGCGCCGGAGACGUCGCCGUACUCGUGGCUCAGCAACACCUCGUGGGGCGGCAUCGUAUCGCUCUCCAAGAUGGACGCCUUCGACGGCCUCGACAAGGACAUCGAGGGAGCGGCUAAGCGGUGGCGGAAGUACACGGAGGGCGAGGCGCCGGAGCGCGACAAGCUGCCGGGCGAGUGGAAGAACAAGACCGCGUUGCAGCGGCUGUGCAUCAUCCGCACCCUGCGCCCAGAUCGCAUGUCAUACGCCUCCGAGGCGUUCUGCGAAGAGAACCUCGGUACGAAGUACGUGGAGGCGCGCUCGCCGCCGCUGCACAAGUCCUUCGCCGAGACCACCAGCACCACGCCCGUGUUCUUCAUACUGUCACCCGGCGUCGACCCGCUUAAGGAUUUAGAAAAUUUGGGCAAGAAAGUGGGCUUCACAGCAGAUAAGAAGAAUUUCCACAUCGUGUCGCUAGGCCAAGGCCAAGAGGUAGUCGCCGAGGAGGCCAUGGCGGUCGCCUCGUCCAGAGGCCACUGGGUGUUCCUACAGAACAUACAUCUCGUAGCCAAGUGGCUGCCGACCCUCGAGAAACGAAUGGAAGAUACCUUCGAAAAUCCUAUGGAGGAUUAUCGCCUGUUUUUGAGCGCGGAGCCGGCGCCAUACGCGGAGUACCACAUCAUCCCGCAGGGCAUCCUCGAGUCCGCCAUCAAGAUCACCAAUGAGCCGCCCAUCGGCAUGUGGGCCAACUUGCAUAAGGCGCUGGACAACUUCAGCCAGGAGACGCUGGAGAUGUGCAGCAAGGAGGCGGAGUUCAAGGCGGUGCUGUUCUCGCUGUGCUACUUCCAUGCCGUCGUCGCCGAGAGACGCAAGUUCGGCCCGCAGGGGUGGAACAGGGUGUACCCGUUCAACUUCGGCGACCUGUCGAUCUGCGUGUACGUGCUGUACAACUACCUGGAGGCGAACCCGCGCGUGCCGUGGGAGGACCUGCGUUACCUGUUCGGCGAGAUAAUGUACGGCGGGCACAUCACCGACGACUGGGACCGCCGCCUCUGCCGCACCUUCCUGCUCGAGUACAUGCAGCCGGAGUUGGUGGACGGUGAACUGACGUUAGCUCCCGGGUUUAUUUCGCCGCCCAACUCAGACUACGCGGGCUACCACCAGUACAUUGACGACUUCCUACCAGAAGAAACGCCGUAUUUGUACGGACUACAUCCCAAUGCUGAGAUUGGAUACUUGACUACCGUUUCCGAACGCCUCGCUAAAGUGGUGUUUGAAAUGCAACCCCGAGACACUGGCGCCCAAGCUGGGGGUGGGGCGACAAAAGAAGAAAUGGUACGGGUAAUAGUGGACGACAUAAUGGACCGCGUGCCGGAGCCGUUUAACUUGGCCGAGCUGAUGGGCAAGGUGGAGGAGCUGACGCCGUACACCAUCGUGGCGCUGCAGGAGUGCGAGCGCAUGAACCGCCUUAUGGGCGAGAUACGACGAUCGCUGAAGGAGUUGGAGCUGGGGCUCAAGGGUGAACUGACAAUAAGCAGCGACAUGGAGAAGCUGAUGGAGUCUCUGUUCAUGGACCACGUGCCGGAGUCGUGGACGAAGCUGGCCUACCCCAGCCUGCUCGGUCUCGCCGCCUGGUUCUCUGACCUCUGCCUCCGACUUACCGAGCUCGAGAACUGGUCCGGGGAUUUUAAUCUGCCGCCGGCGGUGUGGCUGGCCGGGUUCUUCAACCCGCAGUCGUUCCUCACGGCGAUCAUGCAGCAGACGGCGCGCAAGAACGAGUGGCCCCUCGACAAGAUGUGCCUCAACUGUGACGUCACCAAGAAGUUCCGCGGAGAUUUCAACGCACCGCCUCGCGAGGGCGCCAACAUCCACGGUCUGUACAUGGAGGGCGCGCGCUGGGACACGGUGUCGGGCGGCAUCGUGGAGUCGCGCAUGAUGGAGCUGUUCCCCGUGCUGCCCGUCGUCUACGUCAAAGCCGUCACCCAGGACAAGCAGGACCUACGCAACGUCUACGAGUGCCCCGUAUAUAAGACCAGAAUGCGUGGACCUACCUACGUGUGGACAUUUAACCUGAAAACUAAGGACAAGCCAACUCGCUGGACUCUGGCGGGAGUAGCUCUUCUUCUUGGAGUUUAGUUACUGUACCUAGUUAGUAUUUUCUUGCUUAUGUAUUAAAGUAUU